AGCUCAAGUUAUGGAAAAUGAAUGUUCCUCAAACCUCUUAGGACAUUUGAAACGUCUUAAGAGUCACAAUGUAAGUGUAGAACUGAUGGCGGCAGACGAAAUCCAAAAACAUUUCUCACACCCUGCUAAAACAUCCAUAUUAUUGUUGAACAUCGAAAAUGCCAUCCAUCUGCAGAUGGGAGGGCAGAACAAAGUCCAUAUUCAUUCCAAACAAAGAUGUUUUAAUCCUCAGAAGGAACUUGCGUUUCACAUUAACGUGGAACAUGAGAAAUAUUUAACCGAUUAG